AUGGAUGGAACAGGGGUUAUGACAAGAAAUAGAACAUUAGAUACAACAAAAGGGCAGAGUAAAGCAUCUAGUAAAGAGAGAAAUGAGAAACCAAAGAAUAAUUUAGUUCAAACAUCACCAACUGAGGCACAAGUAAAUUUUAAAUCUUCCAGAAGAAUAGUUGAAGAUUCUGAUGACCAAGAAGCAAGCAGUAAAUCAAAGAAUAGACAGAGAAGGAAAAUUGAUACUAACAGUCAAAGAAACAAAGAAGUGGAUGAUACCAAAGAAAAAGGAGAAACAAAAGAUGAAUCAAGCAAAGCCAGACCAAAGAGACAAUCACGUAGUGAGAAAUCAGCAAGAGUGCAAGCAUCUGGUAGUGAAGAAAAUGAAAAUUCACUAGAUUGUCAAGAGAAUAAAGAGAUAACUCUCAAAACAGACAUUGUAGAAAAUGCCAGUAACAAGUCUGAACAAGAGUUAGGCAUUAGAGGGACACGGGAAGUGAUUGGGGGUACUGAGAAUGCCAAAGUGGAAUCAGAAGCUGAAUGUUUACAUGAAUCUGUAGGUAAUGUAGUACAGUGCCAAACCCCGACUAAAAGUUCAACUGAUGAGGUGCAAUGCCAAACAACUAAAAAUACUUCCAUUGAAAAUAAUGAGGUUGAUGCUAAACCACUACCAAGCAGCACUCAAGCUGAAGUCAAAGCCUCAGGUUUCAAGCAUGGGAAAUCCGUAAAGGAAAUAACAGAUGUCCCUGAGACUUUGGUUGACAGGCUUGAAUCUAACACAGAAAAAUCCAAACUGAUGUGUGGCGAGGAUGAUGAGAAAGUCAUUAAUGAUGAAGAUGUCAGUCGAGAUUCUGGGGCUCUGGAGAACUGUAUUGAAAAGGAAAUACAGUGUAAGGAUAGGUUAAACUCUAGAACAACUAAUUCCACAGCAUAUGAGGCUGAAGAAGAUGUCAAAAGUAACUCUGAUGAAAGGAUCAGAGAAGUUCCAGUUGAAAAAGAUUUGAUAUGCAGUAUAUCAGGUAGUGAUUCCAAAGGUGACACUCAUGAAGUUGAUAGAGAAGAGCAGAAUAAUGAAGAGGUAAAGCUUAAGAAAGAAAAUGGUUUUGGGAAAGAGUGUUGUGUACAAGAUAAAUCAAACAUACAUACAGAUACUGAGGAAGAAGGAAAAGAGAACAAGGAAGGAACAAAUAUGCACAAUGAAAAUACAUCUAGAACAGAAAAUACAAAAACUGAAGAAAGGCUCUUCCCUGAAGAGGAGGAACUCCUCUAUGAUGAAGACAUUGGAGAUGAUGACGAUGAUGACAGUGAGGGAUAUGAUUCUGAGGAAGUAUCACAAACAAAAUCCCCACAUUCGAGUAAAAAUUAUUGUCUUCAACCACAAACAAGUAAACUGGGGUCCACAUUUAAUGCAGAAAAUUCUCAGGGAGAUGCUGUUCAGUGUAUAAAAAAAGAUGACAAAUCUGCACUUGAAAAAGUGACAGUUAAAAAUAGUGUGCAAAAUGAGGAACAUAGUCCUAAAAGAAUAACUAGAAACCAUUCAGCUGAGAGAGAGGAUUUAGAUAUUGUGGGGGGAUCAAGAGGAAGACCGUGCAGGUCCUCACCUAGGAAAGUUGACAAAAGCAGGAAAGACCUGUCAAGAAGUCGGUCACCACCAGGUAGAUCAAAUAGAAGGAUUGGUAAGUUGACAACACUUGACAAAAAGUGCAAUAUAAGUGAAAAUGAUAGUGUCAGUCCCCUAAUGGUCAAGGAAAAGGAAAUGCAAGCCAAGUACGAGGAGAAGCUGGCAGUUGCAUUUGGCAGGACGACAAGACAGGCCCAAAAGGCAAGUCAGGAACUGAAGGAUAGAAAUACAUUAAAUCCAUUAGCACAUCCUUUGGGAAGAGAAAAUGGAAGAAACACUACAACACAUGGUAAUAGUAAAAAUAUACCAUCUGAAGAUAAGAAUGAACAACUAAAGCUUGCAGCUGAAAAUGAAGGUAAUUGUGAGAAAGAAUGCUUAAAACAAGAUAAGCCAAGUACGCCUGUAAAUACUGAAAAUGGAAGAGAGAACAUCAAAGAAGCAGGGUUACACAGUAAAAGUAAUGCAGAACCUAUAAAGGUACCUGAAGAGAGUCUUUUCCCUGGAGAGGAGGAACUCCUUUAUGAUGGAGACAGCGAAGAUAAUUCUCAGGUAGAUACCAUAAAAGAACAUGAUGGUAAAUCUGUAACAGAAAGUGUGCAGAAUAGGGAACAUAGUCCUAAAAGAAUAACAAGAAAUCAUUCAUCCGAAAGAGACUUCGAGAAUGUGCAGAGGGCAAGAGGAAGAAAAUGUAGUGUUUCACCUAGAAAGAAUGACAAAAGUGACAGCACCAUAGACCUCUCAGUGAGUCGAUCACCACCAGGUAAAUCAAACAAAAGGAUAACGAAGUUGACACCAAACAAGAAGAGUGAGAUCAAGCAAAAUGAUAGUGUGAGUCCCCUAAUGGUCAAGGAAAAGGAAAUGCAAGCAAAGUAUGAGGAGAAGAUGGCAGUCGCAUUUGGCAGAACCACAAGACGGGGCCAAAGGGCAGUUGCGGAACAAGACGAUACAGGCAGAAUAAGUCCGCCAGUACAUUCAUCAAAAAGGGUGAGUGGGAGAAACACUUCAAGACAUAAAGGUAGUGAGAGCCCACCAAGAGAAAGAGGGAGAAAGCCUCCUAGGAGUAAAGAAGGAGAACACAAGAGGACAGAUCAUGAGAAGAUUCAUUCAGAAAGGAGCACCACUUCAAGAAAUAGUGAUUCCAGACUGAGAGUAAAAAGGAUGCAAGGGAACGAAGUGGAGGAAACAAAAAGAAAUAAAAGUUUACCAAAUGGAGCACAACAAAGGAAGCCGACAAGUUUGGAUGACAGUGUACAUGGGAAGGUACGGUGGAAGAGACAGCAAUCUGAGUCACCACCAGCUUACGGAAGACGACAGCGUGUGCAUGAGAGACGAAUGAGGGAUGAUGGAGAUUCUCCAGACAAGGGAAUUCAUAUUGGAAAAAUAAAAAUAAGAAAUGAGAUUAAAGAAGAUGGUAGAAAUCAUGGUGAUCCACCACCUAAAGUUCAGAGAGAGAGGAAUUGUGUACUGGACCAACAGACCCGAAGCAAAGUACCAGUAGAUAGCAAACUGUUACAUAAAAUUUUAUGGGAGUCUCCAAAGAAGAGUAUUGUCCAGGAUGAUGAAAAAGAAGAAGAUUCAAGACGACGGAAUGAACCAAGAUGGGAUUUGAAGAAUGCCAGGCCCACAAGAAAAAGUGAAAUGUUAAAAUAUGAGAAAGCUUUACAAGAAGCCAAAGAGAAACAUCGAAGAGCUGAAGAAGAUAGGAAGAACAGAGUCGUGAGUAAGGAACCAGCACUGUCUAAAUGUCAAGAAGCCUGA